GUGGUUAGGGUUUUCUGACUGUUCUGUAGUUCUGUGUUUUUAACCUCACUUUAGUUUUUCUUUUUCAACCAGAUUUUUCAAUUUCUUUUUAUGUUCGAUUCAUUGAUAUAAUGUUUUCAAUGAAAUUGGCUCAGUCAUUUACAGGAAAUAGUCGUUCGGCAUUGAAAUUCGCCCCUCUUAUCUCUCAACAUGUAUUCAGGCGUUGCAAAACAACAAGAGAAAGUGGCCUAACAUCAUCAGGAAAAACCGAAAUUGAUACAGAAGUGAAACCUCUGGGAGAAAAAGUUAAAGAAGCUACAAAAACAGUCUCAUACUUGGGUGUAAUUUUAUUGGGUGUUGGUGUUACUGGUACUCUAUUCUAUGCAGUGUUCAGAGAACUUUUUUCUAGUAAGAGCCCCAACAGUGUUUAUUCAAAUGCUGUGAAAAAAUGUCUAGCUGAUCAUAGAGUUGAAGAUAAAUUAGGGCAUCCAAUUAGUGCUUAUGGUGAAGAAAAUAGAAGGCGCAGAAGGCAACAUGUAUCUCAUGUAAUCUAUACAGGAAAAGAUGGUAGACAACAUCUGAGAAUGAAGUUUCAUUUGAAAGGUUCAUUUCAUUCUGGAACUGCUCACUUAGACAUGGUAGAAAAUGAUGCAGGAAACUAUGAGUACAGGUAUCUUUAUGUGGAAGUAGAUGACAUGCUAAGAAAUACCAUUGUUAUUGAAGAUAAUAGAUAUGCAGUUUCUUCAGAGACAAACUCCUUAGAUGAUAUAACAUUGUGAGAAAUUCAUGAAAUCUAUCCUUAAUUCAUGGCUAUGUGAAGCAGAAGAGUGGUGAUUCUUCAUAGAAUAACACUAGCCUAUUCUGGAAAAUAUAAUUUUUAAUUUUUUCUGAACACCACCUGAAUAUUAUGUAUGUGGCAAAAUACUGAAUCCAAGCCAUUUUCAACAUUUGCCAUACUCCUGGUCUAUAUAUCAGUUUAUGUUCUGGAUAUUUUACUGAUAAUCUCAAAUGGAAUUCUUUUUUAAUGUCUUCCUUCAUUAUUGUAUAUAAAUUUGUUAAUUGUGUUGUAACUAAAAAAAUAA